AUGUCAUCUAUAGUUAUUAAUGAAGAAAAUAUUAUUUAUGAAGAAGACUUAAAUAUGGAAAUUCAGUAUCUUAUGGGUGAACCUUCUGGACAAAAUCUGACAACCUGUAGUUACCUUGGUGAUGAAAUGGAACACGAGUCUGUAGAUUCUGAUUCUGAUUUACGCCUAAAAGUGAAUGAGGAAUUAUCAAGUAAUAAUAUAGAAAAUAAUACUUUUAUUAUAUAUUUGUCAGCAAUUCAAACUGAAUAUCGCUAUAAAAAGGAUAAUAUAAAAUGCACUGGAAGGCCUGUAUUAAAAUGUCUAAAGAGUCGUGAUGAAACAAUACCACCAUCUUAUUUUAUUGGUUGUGAUAGAUGGAAUUUCAAUGAAAAGUUUCACCGGUAUAUAAGUAUUAAAGAAAAUGUUGACCUUAAUUUACUUCAACAACUUUUAAGUGGAUUAUAUGAGGGUAAAACAGACGAACCAGUAAAUAACUGUUUUUUAGUAUUAAGUAAUAGCUCUAAAAAAAAACUUUGUUCUCAUCCUCAUUGUGCGGGAAAUACUAUUAAACAUGGAUCAAUUAUUCAAAAAUCUUGUGUUCAUUCUCAUCCACCACCACCGCCCAACCGUGUACCAAUUUCUAUUUAUAAAUUUCAAAAAGAAAUCCAUCUACAAGGUCAUGGUUUUUUAGGAGUUAUAUAUAAUUAUUCAUGUAAUAUUGAUAAUUUUUGUGAAUAUGUAAAGUGUUUAGAAUUUUUUGAAGAUAAUCAUAUGAUGAUUAUCUGUACUACAUCUGAACAAUUAUCUAAAUGGAUAAAGUGUGAACACUUUCAAAUAGAUCUUUCUUUCAAAUGUGUUGCAGGUGAAAUUAACGAAUUUGAGGUUAAUUAUUAUAAUCCUCAACAUAAUCUAAAUCUGGAUUAUGCGCAAGCACAAGGUCUAGGAUUAGUUUUAAAUGAAAUAGACAAAACAAGAAAUUGGGAAGAACAUUUAGUUCAUUUUUUUAAAUCCUGUAAAGUACAUUAUAAAAGAGGAAGAAAAUUAGAUAGAGAAAGAUCCAAUGCAAUUCGUGUUUAUCAAAAAUACAAUAUACCUACUCGGAGACAGGACAAAGGUCUAAUUGCUCGUAACAUUCUAUCUAAUAAACGUCAAGGGGAUGUAAAUAACUCUUAUACUGAAGACGAAAUUCCUAUUAGUCAUAAACAAAGUGCAAAGAAAAAGCCUAGAAAAAGCAUUGUAGUUAAUUCUGAUACUGAAAAUAAUGAUAAGGAGAAUGAGUUAACUUCAAGAAUUAGUGAACUUGAAUAUAAAGAAUGGGUUCUAGCUUUAAAAGAGCGUGAAAUUGAUCUAAGAGAACGAGAGGCUAAAAUCUAUUUAAUGGAACUAUCAAAUUUUGAGAAGAAGCGUGAGUUAGAAUUUGUUAAAUCUUGA